AUGGACGAAGAAACCGCUGAAAAGAUCAUCAAGGUCUCCAUUUGGACCCCAUUGCUCUAUGUGGGUGUCCUCAUGACCUGUUUCAUUGUAUUUUCAGUACUUUACAGAAGGAGAAAGGUGGAGAAUUUAUCCAAAAUAGAGCCUAUUUUUCCUGAGAAUCACACCCACUCACUCUAUUUAUUUUUAAAGCAACAGUAUACCAACCCGGACGCCACCAAGGAAAGUAAACCACACGAAAAGGUCAUGAAGGCCGCUCUUUUAAGAAGAGGUGUAGAGGCCAUUAGAAGAUCUUUAAAAUUAAAGGAAAUCGAACCUAGCUUCAACAGACUCUAUCAAGAGGGACUUAUUGGAGAUGAAAUGUUCAAGAAUUUCCAGUUCCAGGCCAAAUUUCAAGAAAUGGACUUGAAGGAUAUUGUACAAGAGUGUGAGACUUACAAGAAAGGAUGGGUUAACCAGUUUUUCCCGGUUGCUCAAGAAAUUUGCUUCAACGAGGCCUUAAGAAGAAGAUUGGCCUCCAUGGACGAGAGAUCCAAGACUUUCAGUAUUCAAUGGCAGUACUUUGUUGACAAGAGUGAAGGUGCUCCUGCUGCUCCAGCACCAGUGGAAAAGGAAAAAAAUGCAAUUGAGAAUCAAAAGGAAAAGGUAGAGGAGCCAACGGUAGAGAAAACCGAGGAAGCCAAAGUCAAGGCGUAA